AUGAGGCAACUUCGAGCACUACUUUGUGAUAUUAUUAUUACAGAGCGUGUCGCCGUGUCUAUUUCAGCUAUUCCACAAGAAAUUCGCAAAGCAGACAUUUAUCUCUCAUUUUUUAAAUUGCUUGUGCUUUUAUUUGGCUUUCGGUUUUUGUUCACUAAAUUACAACAGGAUGAGCUUGUAUCGGUGUUUCAGCUGACUCUUAAUCGAUGGCCUACAAACGCCAAGUUUUGCAUCCAGGCACUCUCGUUGGCACUAUUUGAGAUGCCCAUGAGCAUUACUAAACAUCUGCCCUCUAUUCUAAUGAAAAUAUCACAGACUACGUCACAGGCGCUGUCUAUUCCUAAUUUGGAAUUCCUCUCUGCUCUUGCUCGUGUUCCUGAAUUGUAUAUCAAUUUCACCGAAGCCGACUACCGUCGCGUGUUUGGCGUUUCAAUCCAGUAUAUUCGUUUGUUCAAUAGUAACUUGGGUAGUGGAGACUCCUCUGUAUCUAGUUACAUUACUGAGCUUGCUUUUCAUGUCAUGUCUCUGUGGUUUAUGAGUUUAAAACUUGGAGAACGUCGCAAAUUUGUUCCAUUCAUUAUUCAUAAUCUUGUCGCUACGUCAAAUAUGCCGCAAUCUGCUACUUCUGCUGGUUUGCUUGCCACAACGGGUCAAGCAGCAGGAAUGGGACCCGCUCCACUGCAACUCAACGAGCAUGUUGAGCUUGUGUUGGAAAUGAUGGCACAAAACACAUAUGUGGAUUGUUGGCCCAAGCCUAACAAUGCGGCAUCGAAUCGUAUGACUACUGCUUCUUUGACUGGAAAUAAACUAGCGACGCGAUCAUGGAUCCAAGGGAAUGCACUGCUAUCCAUUGUGGUUGCCAAGGAAACCGGCUGGACAGAACUUAUUGUUCGCCGUCCUUCUGGAGUUGUAUCGCUUUGGAUACAUCUUGACAAUGCAACACAGAAAAUCAAUAGCUCUGGACAGUCUGAUUGGCUUGCGCAAACUUUUUCUUUGUCACCUCUGGUUACACUACCAUCUACAUCUCGGAUGACGUCUAGUCCACUUUUUGAACUUCCUACUGUAGCACCAAUUGACUCUGCUACAGCUUCUGUAUCAAUGCGUGAGGAACAACAACCUAUAGAGCCUGGAUUUAUUCCCAUGCUGUUUUUCCCCUACCCAUCAAACCAAGUGUCUCAGGAUGCGUUACGACCACUGCCAGAUACGGAUGCCAUCAAUCGUGCUAUUGCUGUUCUCGAUCGUACACCUGUCAUUGAGCUGCACAAGAUUGGUAUUGUGUACGUUGCACCUGGACAGUCGACUGAAGUAGAGAUUCUUUCCAAUACGUAUGGAUCGCGAACAUACACUUACUUUUUGCAUUUGCUCGGAAGAUUAUUUCGUCUUGCUGGGUGCCGUGAUGUUUAUGUUGGUGGGCUGGAUAUUUCUUCAGAUACACUUGAUGGAGAAUUUGGAUUGUGCUCUGCAGAUGAUCAGCGCCUUGCUCAAGUCAUUUACCAUGUUACUACACUUAUGCCCAAUCGAGACUAUGAUCCAACAUGCACCGGCAAAAAGCGUCACAUUGGCAACGACUUUGUAUCUAUUGUAUGGAACGAGGGCGGUAUAUACAAGCAAGAUACGAUUCCUGGACAGUUUAAUUACUUUUAUGUUGUUGUUGAGCCA